AAUGACAAUUGCUCGCGACUCGGAGUCCUGCUAUUUUUUAAUCACUCAAAAUUAACAAUCCAAGAUUCAAGCUCUUUUAACGAUUAUAACGGUUAUGGCGUCUCCAGCAACUACUCUACAAUCCGCUCUCCUUCUUCAAAAGCAACUUAAAGAACUAUCAAAACAUCCCGUAGAAGGGUUUUCGGCAGGACUUGUUGACAACGAUAACAUUUAUGAGUGGGAGAUUAUGAUUAUUGGCCCACCAGAUACUUUAUAUGAAGGUGGGUUUUUCAAAGCAAGGAUGACGUUUCCAAAGGAUUAUCCAUUGAUGCCUCCAAAGCUGAGAUUCAUAUCUGAAAUGUGGCACCCGAAUGUUUACCCUGAUGGCGAAGUUUGUAUUUCAAUCUUGCACCCUCCUGGUGAAGAUAAAUAUGGCUACGAGGAUGCAGGUGAAAGAUGGAUGCCAGUGCAUACAGUUGAGACCAUUUUGUUGAGUGUUAUCUCGAUGCUUUCAACACCUAAUGAUGAAUCUCCCGCAAAUAUCGAAGCUGCCAAAGACUGGCGUGAAGAUUAUCCGGCAUUCAAGAAGAAAGUCCAACGUAUAGUCCGAAGAUCAGCUGAUAUGUUAUAGUCGAGCAAUAAAUUAAAAGUUUAUGUCCUUUCUUUAUCUGUUAGACAACAUAAUUGUUUCAUUUAAUCAUCUAUAGUUUUUAAUUCUCGUGUUAAUUUAAGUAUGAAACUUACUUUGGAACUUAAGUGAGGAAUGAGGGUUUAAGAUUCAAUAAAUCUUUUUAUUCUAAGUGAAAACUAACCUUAUACU